AUGGCGAACGAAGAGGAACACCCGUCAGCGCUCUCAGAUAACCAGGUCUUUGUGCUGACGUGCAUCUACCUGCCGGCCUCGCUGCUGAGCCUCCUGGGCAGUGGAUCGGUCCUCGCUGUCACCUCCCGGCAGAGACGGUGCUGCCACAUCCAGCUUCGCCCCCUUUUCCUCCUCGCCCUGGCAGAUUUCCUGGCUGCCGCCGUGCUGCUGAGCACAGCCACCAUCCAGCUGCUGCCAGCCCCGCUCUUCAUCCCGGCGUACGCUGCCUGCCCCUACGGACUGAUGCUGGCCACGCUUCGCCCCCUUUUCCUCCUCGCCCUGGCAGAUUUCCUGGCUGCCGCCGUGCUGCUGAGCACAGCCACCAUCCAGCUGCUGCCAGCCCCGCUCUUCAUCCCGGCGUACGCUGCCUGCCCCUACGGACUGAUGCUGGCCACGACCUUCUACUCAGUCUCAUUCCUGAUGGUUGUUGUCUACGCAUACGAAGCCUACCGCACCAUCCGUGGCUGGAGAGCCUGGCACGUGGCAGCUCUGCAGGAGAAGAGCGGGUGCUUGGAGAACGCAUGGCAGGGGCUGCCCUACAUCCUGGCCUGGCUGGUGCCAGCGCUCACACUCCUGGGACAGCUGAUCGCCCGUGGCACCUCCCUCACCAACAUUGCGCCAAGACCCAUCGAGCCCGUGGUGCCGUGGAAAGGAAACCGCUCCCAUGAGACCUACAGCCUUUACUGCUCCAGCUGCCUGCUCCUCAUCCACCAUGCCCAGGAUAACUGCUACAAGUACAUAGGUAGGAAGGACGUGGGCCUGGAGGGGAAAAUCAUCUUCUUCUUGUACCUGCUGCUGGUGCUCAGCUGCUGCACGCUCCUGUAUCGCAGGGUGAAGCUCUGGUGCCAGAGGAAUGCCGCGGCGCCCUUGCUGACCCUGGAGAAGGACGGCUUUGCGGGCAGGAGCAUCCGCAGCGUCAGCAAAGUCUCUCACUACUUCCAGCUGGUUUUCCUGCUCUGCUGGGCGCCAGCCUUCCUCCUCACCCUCCUCUCCUUCACCAGCAUCAAACCUGCCUCGGUCUUUGUCCUCUAUGUUGCUACAGCCCUGACCGUCUCCCUCCAGGGCUUUCUGCACAGUUUGGUCUACGGCUGGCUGAGGCAAAACUUCCGUCAGGAGGCAGUGGGCAAGAGAUCCUCCCUGCAGCACCGCUGGGGCCUCAAGACUUUCUACGACGACUCCCUGGGGGCUGUUCCCUAGGCUGCCACCUCAUCCCGGUGCCUCCAGGCUGCCCAAAGCCUCGGCAGGAGUUGCACAUCCCCGGCAGUUCCCCACAGCCCGUCCGUAGCCAGGCAGGAUCUCUCUGGACUCGGCCCUUCGUGCCUGGAAAGGUUCGAGCAAGGCGCAGGCAGUGCUGGGCAGGUUUCUGACAGCGGUGGGGGGCUGCAGUGGCUCUGCCCCGGUGGGAAGCCCACCUGUAGCCCCUCGCUGCUGGAGGGAGCCCGACUUCCCACCGCCUGCACCAUGCAGACAGCAAAACCACGAGCAGUCGCUGCACAGGAGAUGGACCACGGGAGAUGGGACAGGAGCUCUCUGGAAGAAGGAUGCCCCUGUUCUGCACCAUGAACGACUCGGCUGUUGGCAGCAGCAGGGCUUUACAGGCUCACGAGCAUUUAGGUGCCGUGGGAGGAGGCUGGUGGCACACAGACAAUUUGGCAAUCCCUAGAGGUUCCAGCAACUGAACAUCAACUGCAACUAUCCCAGGGAAGGUGGCGGUUCUUUCUAUUCUGUUUGGUCUUGUUUCAGUGUUACGCUUUCUGACAGAGAGCAAUCCAAAUUCCUCCACAGGGCUCGGGAGAAGGUGCUAACAAAUAAAGG